CAAUAAGGAGUGAGUUGGUCUGCUUGGCGCAAUCGCCAAACAAGCCGUGUGUGCAGGCGGAGAGUGGUCUGAAGGGCUGCGGAGGCGACGUUUCCCGCUAGCUAACGGUGUAGCGCCGUUGUAAGCUAAGUAAAAACUACACGGAGUCUCUUUUUAGGCGGCUUUCUAUUUCAAUUCCCCGCCGUUUUUUGCCGGCUAUGCCGAAUUUGUCAAGCCGCCCGCCAGCCGGUGCGCGACAAAGCUAGGCUAUCUGUUGGCUAGUCCAGCGCCGGUGGAUGAUGCCCGCGCUUCCGCAGAACAAUCUGGAGGAACAGCUGGCGAGGCACAGCAAUGCCGUUCAGAGCAAGUUGUCCUUGCCUAAACCCAAACCGGGAUCAUUCUCUUUUAAAAAGCCCGCAUCAAGCACAUUUAAGGCCGAAAUCCCGACCAAGGUAAACGCUUUGGCAAACAGGAACGGCAAUAUCCAAAAGAGCAGCCCAGUAACAAAAUCCCCCUUGACGUUUUCAACCGAGCUCAAAAGACCGCUCUCCAAACCCAACAUCUUCUCAGUGAACGCAAAAGGCAAAUCGGAUUCCGCCAGCCAAGCUCUGGGCUCUCCUGCAGCAGGCAGUCCUCCUCCUGCAGUGUUUGCAGAGAAAGCAUCCCCUGCCUCCAAUAAAUUUGACAGCCCUUUGACAUGUGGCAGUGGCAGCACCCCCAAAGGUCUGGAUGCAACGUCUGGAUUUCCAAUGGAUGAAUGGUCUGACAUUGAUGAUGACUUUGAGGACUUUCAGACACCUGUCAAAGAGAAAAAUGGCUCACCGAGUGAGGAAUCUGCAGGGAAGAAUGGCAGCUUGAUGUCAUUUUCCAAUGAGGAGAAUUUAGAAUCAAGCAAGAGGUUGAACAAAGACGCCUUCGAGGCUUUGAAGUUGAGCACCAGUGUUCCAAACAAGCAUGGACUUGGGGACAAAGAAACUCACAGAAAACAGCACAAUGCUGAUAAUGCCCCAGAGUCUUCUGGAGACGGUUCUACUGAGGGGACUGCAGCAUGGGAGUUGCAGGAUUCACCCAUUAAAAAAACCCGAGGACGCACUGCCCAACUCAAGUGUAUCAUGAGUGAUAGUGAAGAGGAAAACAUUACUGAACCAGAGACUUCUGAAGAAAACAAAGGUAAUAAAAACAAAAGAAUCGAAACUAAUAUAGUAGCACUUGAUGACAACACAGCGCUUGAUGAUGACGACCUAUAUUUCAUUCCCCCCUCUCCAAUCCCCGAUAAGAUCAGUAAUCCCAUUUCUACAGUGGAGAGACGAUCUAAAUCAGUUGAUUUUGAAAGCCGAAACUGUCUUAAAACGACAAAGGAGCGUGUCACAGUCCCAUGCGAAGUCUCUGAUCAGCCUAAAGAAAGACCAGUCAACCCUCCGGAUGAGCAGCUCUUCAGUAUCAUGGAGUCCAUCUGUGCUCUGGUUGAUUCCAUCCCUGAGCAUGAGCUGAUAGCCCUAUCCGGUGGACCUGAGCUUUUAUUGAAGAGGGCUCAGAGGAAGAGAAUUCUUGCAAAUGGCAGUGACACAUCAUUUAGGAUACAGCAGCCAGACAGUACUGUGAUCUUGGAAUCCAGCUAUAAAGAGAAACCUUCAUUCUUUUUUGACACCCCCACCGUCAUGUCAUCUACCACCUGCCUCCCUGCCAGUGUCACCCCCAAGAGACCUGCAGUCAAGAGAACCUCGAUCAUAUCUGUGGACUAUGACAGCUCUGAGUUUGAAGACUCUGACUGCAUCAUUAAUGGCACCCCGACUCCCAGCACCUCUUGGAGACCCAGCAGUGUUAAUGAGCCUAUUCGCCUUGGAGAGGUCAAGAGAUUUGUCAAAGGUCAAGGUACUGGUCAAUCCCCUUCAACUUUCAGCCCCAAAAACCCACCCUGUGGUCGUCUGAAGAAUACAACUGUUGUGCUGGAUGACUCGGAUCACUUCAACUCACCUUGGGGGCUGGAGACAGUUCUGCAAAAAAAUGGUAGCACAGAUAAAACCCUAGUAGGAACCAAAGCCACAGGAAAUGGAGAACCAAAUGAUUUUUACAUUGAUGACUUUGAUAUAGAUGAUGACUUUGAUAUAGAUGAUUUGAAUGAAACUGACAUCCCCGAUUAUUUUGAUGAACCCCCAAGCUCAUUGGUGUCCAAGCAGGACUCCAGCACAGUGACUAAAACGGUCAGAGAGGGAGGGGCAAACAAGUCCCAAUGGGAGAGGAAAACAGCACCUGCCCCUGCAUCACUGCCUACUAAGAAAUACUCCCCAGAACCCAACUAUAGAAACCCUGACCAUGAUUGCUUUAGGGGGUUCAGCUUCCCUCACUCAGCAGAAAUGAUGAAGAUCUUUCACAAGCGUUUUGGACUUCAUCAGUUCAGGUUCAACCAACUUGAGGCUAUUAACGCUGCACUGUUGGGAGAAGACACCUUUAUUCUGAUGCCUACAGGCGGGGGUAAAAGUCUGUGCUACCAGCUGCCUGCUUGUGUGUCUCCUGGAGUCACUGUGGUGGUCUCCCCACUCAAAUCACUAAUUGUAGACCAGGUCCAGAAACUCACAACACUGGAUAUUCCAUCUACAAGUCUCUCUGGUGACAAAAGUGACCGCGACACUGGGAAUGUCUAUAUGCAACUCUCUAAGAAAGAACCCAUCAUCAAGCUGCUCUAUGUUACCCCUGAAAAGGUGAGUGCCAGUAACAGGUUGAUCUGUGCCCUUCAGAACCUGUAUGAUCGAGGUCUUUUAGCCCGCUUUGUCAUCGAUGAGGCCCACUGUGUUAGUCAGUGGGGCCAUGACUUCCGUCCUGACUUCAAGAAGUUGCACGAGCUGCGUAAGAAGUUCCCCAAAGUUCCCAUCAUGGCGCUAACGGCCACCGCCACUCCACGAGUACAGAAGGACAUCCUCAACCAGCUGCAGAUGACACGGCCACAGCUGUUUACCAUGAGUUUCAAUCGAAUUAACCUCAAAUACGCUGUGCUGCCCAAGAAACCCAAGAAGGUGGAUGAGGAUUGCAUUAACUGGAUCAAGAAGAACUAUCCACGUGACUCUGGCAUUAUUUAUUGCCUGUCUCGUAAUGAAUGUGAUUCUAUGGCUCAAAAUCUACAGAGAGCAGGAUUAUUGGCUCUCUCCUAUCAUGCAGGCCUCUGUGAUAGUGAUAGAGAAUAUGUGCAGACCAAGUGGAUCAAUCAGGAUGGCUGUCAGGUCAUUUGUGCCACUAUAGCCUUUGGUAUGGGCAUUGAUAAGCCUGAUGUGCGAUAUGUGAUCCACGCCACUCUCCCUAAGUCAGUGGAGGGCUACUACCAGGAAUCAGGGAGAGCUGGCAGAGAUGGAGAAAUUUCCCACUGCAUUCUCUUUUACUCCUACUCUGAUGUCAUUCGAAUCAAGAGGAUCAUCAGCAUGGACAGAGAUGGCAACAGAGACACCAAAGCUACUCAUUACAACAACCUCCACAGCAUGGUGUAUUUCUGUGAGAACAUAAUGGACUGCAGGAGGAUUCAGCUCCUGGGCUACUUUGGAGAGCAUAACUUCAGUGCCAGCUUCUGUAAAGACCACCCUGACGUCAUUUGUGACAACUGCGCCAAGCCCAAUCAAUACAAGAUGAAAAAUGUGACCGAAGUUGUGAGAAAUAUUGUGAGGUUUGCCCAGGCACAUUGUGAAAAAGUCGGAGCCAAAUUCAGCAAGUCUUCUCAACAGAACCGAUUGACUCUUAACAUGCUGGUUGACAUCUUCCUGGGGUCUAAAUCUGCCAAGAUCCAGACUGGGAUGUUUGGAAUUGGAGCAGCUUUUUCCAGGCACAAUGCCGACCGUCUCUUCAAGAAGUUGGUACUGGACCAUGUCCUGAUGGAGGACCUCUACAUCACCAAUAACGGCCAGGCUGUAGCUUACAUCUCUGCCGGACCCAAAGCCAUGAACAUUCUCUCUGGAAACAUGCUGGUGAACUUCUGUGAGACGGAGACUGCCUCCAGUAUUAGGAAGCACAAGGCUGCUGGGGCCAAGAAUGUUUCUGAGAGAGAAGAGAUGGUUAAGAAGUGUCUGCAGGAGCUCACUGAUAUGUGCAAGCAGCUGGGCAAAGCAUUUGGCAUUCAUUAUUACAACAUCUUCUCCACAGCCACCUUGAAAAUGAUAGCAGAGACUCUGUCCGCUGACCCUGAGGUCCUUUUGCAAAUUGACGGCGUAACAGAGGACAAACUGGAGAAGUAUGGAGCUGAGGUCAUCACGCUCCUUCAGAAAUACUCUGAGUGGCAGCUACCUGUGGAAGAUUCGGCUGACACGAAUGUAGAUGCUGAUGGAUGGAUAGACGUGUCACGAGGCCAAGCCAGUGUAAGUUAUAGUUAUGAGGAAGAUACUGAGUCUUCCAGUUACUUCAAUAACCAGAGUGGUAAAGGACGGAAGAGGAAGAAAGCCCCCUACUUCAAGAAUGCCAAAAAGAGAAGAGGAUUUGCCAACAAUAGCACCGCCUCUAAAGGUAAUAAGUACGGGACCUCAUCUAACCUACGAGGAGGAUCGAAAGCUCCCUCCAAGUGGGCAGGCCAGGGGUCCGGGACCUCAGCAGCAGCCGUGCCGACGGGCAGAAGACCAGGCAUCUUGGCCAUCCCUACCCCAAAAACCAACUCACGGUCUUUCCUAAAACCGUCCUUUACCAAGGUGAAAGACCGGUCAUCGGGUAUAUUUUGUUAGGGCUUUUAAACGCGUUGGUUCAUUAGACAUUUUGAGCUGUAUUUAAUUUAUGCACAGAAAUAGUGUUUAUUGAUGUUUCAACACUACUAUGUAAUGUCUAUUUGAUGUACGUUUUCACUUUUCAUUAAAGAAGUUAAUUUUUCA